AUGAAUUUAUUUUUUAUUUUUAUAACUGUUAUAUCUCCUAUAUUAUGCUUAGAUAUUAAAAAGAACAAUUUUUUUUAUUUGUUUCCUUCAUCGAAAAAUUACAACAAAAAUAUAUAUUUUAAAAAAUAUGAUAAAAUAGUAAAUAAAAAUGAUAACAAAAUAUAUUUAAGUGAUGAAAUAAAAAAUAACUUAACGGGGGAAUAUAUUUCGUCUAAAUUGUCAUAUUCUAAUUAUAAAACUAUUGAUAUAGAAGAUAUAAAAAAUACUCUUCCACACAGAUAUCCUUUUCUUUUAGUUGAUAAAGUAAUACAUAUAGAACCAAGCAAAAAAAUAAUUGGCAUAAAACAAGUUUCUGUGAAUGAAAAUUUCUUUAAUGGGCAUUUUCCUCAAAAGCCAAUUAUGCCCGGUGUUUUACAAAUUGAGGCUUUAGCUCAAUUAGGAGGAAUAUUAUGUUUGAAAAGUGAAGAAAAUCAAAAAGAUAAUUUAUUCUUAUUUGCGGGAGUAGAUGGUGUUAGAUGGAAGAAACCAGUUUUGCCAGGUGAUACAUUAGUGAUGGAAGUAGAACAUAUUUCAUUUAAGCCAUCUCUUGGCAUAGCUAAAUUGAGAGGUGUUGGUUAUGUCAACGGCAAUAUUGCCAUUAAGGUUUCUGAAAUGAUUUUUGCUUUAUCAAAAUAA